CUCAUUCUUCACAGAAACAGACGCGUUAACAUACAAACAAGAGAGAGCUAGACAAGAAAAGCAGCACUUACAAGUUACGAAACAUGGGCAGACAACUUACAAUAGCCAUUCUUGCCAUAACAGUGGUUGCUCUGCUCCACUCCACAGCAGCACAGCAAACCCAUGUGGUUGGAGAUAAAUUUGGAUGGCUGGUCCCUCCCGGAGGUGCCUACGCUUAUGAAGCCUGGGCUGAAACGCAAACAUUCGCCGUCGGUGACAUUCUUGUGUUCAACUUCACAAACGGUGACCAAGAUGUAGCCAGGGUCACAAAGGAAGCUUUCAAGACGUGCAAUUCAACAAACCCCCUCACACUUAAAACAACUAGUCCUGCCAAUUUCACUUUGGAUACCAUUGGAGAGUACUAUUUCAUUGGCACCAAGGACAAGCGCUGUGAAUUGGGACAAAAGCUAGCCAUCAACGUGACUGCAGAACAUGGAUCCCCUACUCCAAGCCCUGCACCUAAACCCAGCCCUGCACCCAGAGGCGCCGUGACUUACGUCGUUGGUGAUCAUUUCGGAUGGAUUGUCCCGCCAGGCGGUGAACUUGCUUAUGCUACAUGGGCUUAUGGCAAGACUUUCUAUGUGGGAGACACUCUAGAGUUCAACUUCACAACCGGAGAACAAGAUGUAGCCAGGGUGACCAAGGAGGCUUUUGAAUCCUGCAAUAUCACCAAUGCCACAGUUCAGACAGCUGGCCCGGCCUAUUUCAAGUUGGAGACUGUUGGACAGUACUAUUUCAUUGGCACCAAGGACAAGCGCUGUGAAUUGGGACAAAAGCUAGCCAUCAACGUGACUGCUAAUCCUGGACCAAACCCUAGCCCUUCUGUCCCAGCUCCUGCCCCAACCCCCAGAGGACCAGUCACUUACACCGUUGGUGAUAAGUUGGGUUGGAUUGUACCAGGCAGCGGAUAUGCUUAUGCCACUUGGGCUUAUGGCAAAACUUUCAUCGUGGGAGACACUCUAGUUUUCAACUUUGCGAAUGACACACAAGAUGUAGCUGUGGUGACCAAGUCAGCUUAUGAAAACUGCACAACCAACAAUACGAUUGCUGUUUAUUCAAAGAGUCCAGUAAGCAUCCUUCUCAACACCAGUGGUGAGCAUUUCUUCACCUCCACCUACGAUCGCCACUGCGUCUUGGGACAAAAACUAGCCAUUAACGUGACAGCCAGUAGCACAGCCACCUCCCCCUCUGGUUCCGUAGCACCUUCCUCACCUACUACCUCUACCGGUGGCCCGGGAUCUGCUCCUGCUCCAUCAAGCUCUGCCCCUUCCAAGAUUGGCAGCGGACACUUCACCUUCGUGCUCAUUUCCAUGACAGCUUUCUUCUUCUAUUGAUUAUUAGUCGCUAGCUAGCUAUAGCUAGUUCAUGUGUUUUUGUUGUUCCCUUGUAUUAAGUCCUCCUACCUCAGUUCUUUAUAUUUGCAGUACAUAUAUACCCUGAGGCUGCAUUGGUUUGAUUUGAUUUAUAUAAACAUUCAGUUUUUGUACAUGGAUUUCGGACAAAGCUAUUUGUUUGCCUUGUCCUCCAUUGAUCUUUGACACUUGUAAUAAUCAUGGCUGCUCUUCGUUUACAUUGGUGGUUAUAUAUAUGAAUAAUUGCAGCCAUUUACCUGUUUUUAGUUA